UGAAGUAUUGACUAAAAUGAUCAAUAAUUAAUCCUAAAAUUAUUGUGGAAAAAUUAAAAAUAGUGCUGCGCUUCAUUGUGAUUCUGUUUCUGAAUCCAUGAUUUCCAUUCAGCACUUCUCAACCUUGUGGCGGGUCGAUGCCCAGCUCGGGUCCAGUUCCUCUCACGUGGAGCUGUUCUUCUAUGAAGGCGACUCUUUAUAGGAGGAAGUACUUGGGUUUCCGUGCGGUUGCUCCUCAGCAGACCAGGAUGUUCGUGUCAUCGCUUCGCUGCCCAGGCAAUCGGCUGCACUCGUCUGCAUCACUGCACCGUCUCCAAAUCUGCUCCCCUUCUGCAGAAGAAAGUCCCUUUAUCCGAUCAGAUGUGAUGUGAGGCGGAGCAUCGCGGCAGGCGCUGGCCCCAUCGCCCUGACUCUCUGCCCUGCUGUUCUCCCGUCACUCCGUGGUGACGUACGCGCGUGGCACCAGUGCGCAGGCUUAUUAGCACGACAACAUCUGUCUGUGGCCUCUUGUUGAUGCAGUCAUGUGAUCCCUGCAGAGUCAGGGUCAUGCUGUCCAGGAGCCGGUUCCUAGCUCCAGAUGUUUCAAACCUCCGUGGCUCUUUCACACAGUCAAAGCCAAGUGGGCAUUUCUUUCUGCCUGAGCAUCUUAUGGCCCAGUCUUCAUGUUUGAGUUGUUGAGUUGUGAGAGGUUGCUGGUUUGCUCUUGAUGGUUCAGGCGUCGCAGCUAGGGCUGGACGAUUAUGGCAAAAGUGAUAAUUGAGAUGAUUUUGAUUCAUAUCAUCAUCUCGAUUAUUCAACAGUUUUAUGUUUUGCCGUCAUCCAAGUUUCAAACUUUAUUGAACAAUAAUCUACAAUAAAACAAUGUGUCAAAUGUUCACAAUAAUUGAACAGUUAUAUUGAACCUUUGACCAGGUUCUGACGCUGAAUUAUUAUGUCGUGCAGACGACUGAGUCGGGAGCUAAGAGUGGCUCGUGUUAGCGUCCAACACGCCGUGUUAACGGAGGCUCAAGCUCUCGCGCUGCUCUGUGUAGCGGGCUCACUGUGUCUUCCGGACGAGGCGUUUGGGCGCAUCGGGACAGAAUGAGACAGGUGUCCGGCUAGAUAGUUGUUUCCUGACGAUUAUCACAUUUUCAUAAUUGGAGGAAGACCUCAUCGUAGUCCUGAUAAAACAAUCCAUUAAUUGACCAGCCCUAGUUGCAGUGCCAGUGUGUGGCCGUGCGUGUGAGUAGGUGGCUUCGGUCGCUGCCAACAUAAGCGCCAUAUGAGAAGUGUCGAGCGUUGAAAACAGUGUGUUAUUGGGGGGUCGGGGGGGGCACUGCAACUUUUCCAAACCUUCCGAGCUGAAGCUGCAGCGAGUGGGAGACCCGGAUCCAUCGGCCGUCCAGGGCCUCAGCGCUGCUGUAGCAGAGCAACAUGCCUGCAGUCCAGUCGCUGUGCUGCUCACCUCUGCUGCUCCUUUUCCAACUUCAGUUAAUUCACUUCUGGAACGCUGGUUUGUGGUUUUCUGGGCUCGCUGUCUCAGCACUGAGGUUGCGGCUGCUUCACUGAGGUCUGACUUUCUAAUGUUGGUCUGCAUGUCUGCAGCAACACAAUCUCAAUCUCAACUUACUUUGCAGUAGAAGAACUGUGAGUGCAGUUGGGCAUGGUCCAGCUUUAGCGCCGAGCAGGCGUGUACGGUCACGGGCGGAAGCAUGCCGACUCACCCAGACCGGCUGAUGUGUCUGGUGCGGUCCAGAUUUCUGCCUGGACCUGUGACCUGUUGGCCACAUUCUGUUGGUUCAUCUAAAUAGCUUGAUGUUGUCAGCAGAGCUCAACCUCGCCACAAGUCUCCUCAUGUGUCGUGAGGUCAUCUUCCAGCUGCUUCGACGGUCGUGUCAUGUGCCACUGUGGGUGUUUCCUGUGGGACCUGUAGAGCGAUGCUCGCUGAGACCACGAUCUAAUGACUUGGUGACUGAAGGCUGUGCCUUUUAGAGGGCUGCUAACGCUAACAGGUUUGGAAAGGAGACGGUAAUACCACUCUUAGCUAGCUAGCUAACUGCACUUGCCGACAUAGGACUGUCAGUGAAGUGUGCGAGCUGCAGUGUUCUGAUCUGUUGUCAGGUUCAUGUUGCUGUCUUCUGCCGCCUGCUCCAGCCAGGACGCUCGUGCCGUCUCUGUGGCCACAAAUGCUCACUGAGCUCGACUGAGCCUUCCUCAUGGAUCUCGGUCCCGCCUGGUCCGUCUCACUAACCGUCUCCCUCUCAGGACAGUUUUCCUCCAACAGGAAAUCACUGACGUUGCAAGCUACACACACACACACAUGUUUUGAAUCACGGAGCUCAAGAACCAACAAUGACAACAUUUACCCUGACAAACCCACAUGCACUCCUCAGAACCGGCAGCUGUGCUUCAUUUGAAUUCCAGCUCUGAAUCGAGCGCCGGCACUGGUUUAGAUAAUCCCAGUAAUCCAGGUGCCGCCGCUCCCCCCAGCGUCCACACUCGUUUAUCUCUGAACUUCUGACUGCACAGUGAAGACCACGCCCACCACUGGGCCAAACCCAGAUACGCUGAGAGAAAAUAUGAGCGAGGAGCUGCCCCUGAAAUAUUAAUGUCACCCUUGAAGGCCGAGCGGAGGAGGGUGACCUCCACUGGAACGAGACUGACACAAAGCUACAAAGAGUUUUUCUUUUGCUGAUCCAGACACUUGUAUUUCAAUUCAACACAACUUGUUAUUGUUUUAAGGUAAAUAUAUAUGUAUUUCCUUUUUCUUAAUUUUGUGCUUGCAUGGAGUCCAUGUUGUAGUCUCUGUACAGGAGGGUAUUUUGUGUAGUGCAGGCCUGACGCACCAGUCCCAGGCUCAGAGCCCCACAGUUUGACUGUGCUGCUGAGCAGAGCCACAUGCUCCAAACACGUCAGGCUGUGAGGCUUCACCUGAGCCGCUGCUCACCUGAUGACUUGACUCCUCUAUGUUUGGACGUGGCCCCGCUCUGUGUGUGUGAGAGCCACGCUGCAGACUGGAGCGUCUCCUCUUCACGGACUUCACCUCCAUCAACAGUGAGUCACAGGUGAAACACAUGCCAGAGCUUUAGUUGAGGGAAGGACAGAGUCAGACGUGGAACUGAGUCAUGUCAGGGGUGUUGAUGGUGGAUCUGAUGAGGCUCCAAGUCUGAGGACCACCUCUCCCAUCGCCAUUGAACCUGCAGCCAGGUUUAUUGUUCAUGUUUCAAAGUGAAACACCAGUCAAAGUCUUUGAACAAUAUUGUGACAUUGAACCUGGAACAGCUCUGACUUUUUUCUCUUAUUUCCUGUAUCAUCCAUCAUCUCAACAGCAACCUGACAAAAAAAACGCAGCCGGUUUGGCGGCUCAUUUGGUGAAGAGCCGUGGGUUGGCCAGGCCUGGUGUAGUGGAACAUUGAGCUUUGGACUGGAGGUGUCCAUUGGAUUUCUCUGAAGCGGUUUGUUUCUCCGGCUGGUUCUACAGUUCCUGUCCCCGCUCCAUUAAAAUACAGUUUAUUGUGCUUGGCGUGGUGGCGCAGCAGAUCCUCCAUGAGCCGUGAUGAGCUGAGCGUCUCUGAGGAAUCAAACAAGCUCUGAGCCAGGGCCGCUGUUCUGCAUGUUGCUCCGUGUUCCGCUGUUUUGCUGCCGUUUUAAGUGUUCCACUGGAGCCCUGCUGAAUAAGUAAUGGGGUCACACGUGCAUCACAGCAGAUCAAACUGCUGAGCCUCCCCAGUGACCUCGUCAGCCUCGCCGCUCUUACGUAAGUCAACAUGCUAAAAUCGCUCCGGAGGGAGAGACGCAGGCAGCGCUGCUGCGUCAUCCCUUUCUCUCACUCCUCGGUGGCGCUGGCGUGAUGGUGCGCGCUCAUCUUCAUGUUGGAAAGCAAACGGCCAAAAUCAAUAUUUGCAGCUUCUGGCAGAAAAUAUGUUCCACGCGCUGCAGCCGCACAUGUUGGCAGUUUUUUGGGUUAUUGGCUGUUCUCCACAUGAAAAAUAACACGCUAUUUUUAGCCGCUGCUGCUCGCAACACUCUCUUAAUUGUGCCAGAGUCAGACGAACAGAGCUGCUGAAUAAUCGCGCAGGGGCUGGAGUCCUCUAGAAAGCUGCUAGCGUUCCACAGCAUUGUCUUCCGGGAGGCUUCUCGUUGCACCUUCCCUUGAAAUGACUGGGUGAAGUCAGUCAAAUCAGGUCGUAGCUGCUCGAACUCACAAGGCUAGUUAGCAUGCUAACCUCUGCGGAGUGGUUGUGGAUUGAUGCCGUGGUGGAGGUCCAGUCCUGAAUAUCUGACCCAGUGGUUUCUGCCCUCUUGUCCGAGUCUGUCUCAGCAAAGCUGAUGGCUUAUAUUUGUUACCAACAAGUUCACUACGGUCCAUCUUAGCCAACAAACAAAGAGGUUAGCACUGGCUACUUGCUUUGCUAAUGGCUACAUUUGAGAACGGGUGUUGUGUGAGUCAUAUAUAUAUAUUUUUUUGCUUUUGCAACAUGUCAUGGCACAUAAUUGAGUCACACCUGCCAUGAGUGCAGCAUGUCACAUGAUGCUGUGAAAGUGUUCCCAAACAUUCUUGAUGGACGAGCUGUGAUCGGAACCGACCCACAUGACGCGGAUGCAGCGUGUUCUGUGCGUCCGUCACGACAUCCUCUGAUCUGUUUUGGGAAACGCUUCUUCACAUGUUUGUGUUGCAUAAUGGAUGUUGUCUGAUAGUUCCUGCAUCUGCUCUGCUUAGCACAAUGUGCUUUGAGUUCAGCUUCUGCUGCGCCAGCUCGUGGAAGCGUGGAAAUAUUAGCCCGCCAGCGUGUUCCGCAGCACCAGCCUUGCACUGGUCUGCCUUAAUUAUAUGCCGAGAGAUGCCUUUAAUCCGGAGGGAAGGAGCACUGGCACAUCUCUGCCGUCCCUCCUGCCCACUGAGCCACCCACUCGCUGGCGCCGCCGCUCAGCGUCUCAUUGUUCAGUGCGGCGUUCACCGAGCAACGUGCGGGGAGUGGGUGCCGCCUUGCUUCGUAGGCGCACGAUUUCAUGUUCCUCGUGGUGCCACGUCUGGUGGGUGGGGAGCUCGAUGUGCUAACCCAGCUGACAGGCACGCGGACGCUGAUCGAUCGGCAACCAUGCUUAUGCAUGCACAUUAUCAUGGACACAUUUGGGGGUGACAUGCCACACCUCGUCAUCUGCCUGUUGUGUUUGUUUCGGCUAAGAAGCUGAAUCGUGACAUCAAUUAUGAAAUGUGCUGUUGUGGACUUGUUGUGUGCGGCGCUCGCUGUGGUGUGGUGCCGUGCUCCUGGCGUCGAGUUAGAAUCUCCAAACUGCUUAGCUUGAGCAAAGGCUUUGCUGUGCCCAUGUUUGUGCGAAGUAUUGUGUGAAGUAUUUUGGGGCGUGGCCCAGUCUGUGAGGCAAGGCGUGGCACCCCACACUCUCCGUCACCAGCAGCUCUCUCUCGGAGUCAUUACUUUAAUGAAGUGCGAUGCUGUCACUCGGGUGAUUUGAUAUCGGGGAUUUCUUGUCUCUCCUAGAUAUCCUUGGAAGGUUCUCUGUGUGGCACCUUUCCAAACACUUUUGAUGACUCUGGCUUCUUCAUGAAGAGAUCGGGACGUGUCGUGCCUCCGCCGAAUUAUGAGUAGCAAUAACACUGGCGUGAAAUGAGGCGGGGUAGGUCGGCGGAGAAGGGUAGUCGGGGUGACGGUGGGGACGGUGCGUGCUGGCUCCAUUGCUGCCUCUCUGCACCGCUCACUCUUCUCUUUGUGCCUGAAGUCUUUCCUUCAGCGAGCGCCUGAACACAGGUGGAACAAGAAGUGCAUCAGUUUGAGCGUGCCCACGCUAAAGAAACCGUAAACUUAAGGGAUUGUAUGUUGCUGGAAGGGCACAUGGCUCCGUGUUCAGGGUCUUGCAUGGCGGCCGAGGGUCCCCAGAUGGGCUGCUUAUCGUCUCCAGAUUCAUUCUGAUUGAUAUUGAUAAUGAACGUUUGCAGUUCUCGACUAGAAUUACGGAGUCGGACGCAGCUGAGCGAGGUUUGGAGGAGAGGUCUGUCAGCGCCACAGUGAACGACACAAGACGAGAAGUUUCACUGUUUUUUAAACUCAAGUCAGUUGAGUUUUAGCUUCAACUCCAUCAGGUCUGUGACGUCGUCGUGUUCAGGACAACGAUCACAACAAUAUGGCAACUCACUGCUGAAAACACGUCAAAGGUUCAGUCAUCUCUAUUCUGCAGGUCUCUGGAACUGACUUGCUAGUGUGCUAGCGAGCCCUGCUGUUGGUCCUCGGCUCAACCAGGUAGCAGGAGACCUGGUGGGGCAGCUCCACUGUCGCCACGGUGAUGACGACCCAGUGUCACGCUUAGAUUCAUCCAGACGUGUUGACUCUGCAGCAGCGGAAGGUCGAGCUCCCUUCUAACUGCCGCUCCCGACCGGCCGAAGCUGAAGUUUGUGUCACAGUCACACACUUGUACAGCAUUUGCAUUUGACAACAUAGGCCAGAGCAAAGAUCUGACCCGGACAAGAGCCGCUCAAGUGCGCUCAUUGUCCGGCGGUGAAGUGAUGUCGGGAGCACAAAGCAGCGCCAGGAACAUGGACACUUCACCCCGGCAUACCAAGCAGCUCCUCCCAGCACAAAGACCGCCUUCAUCCCGCCUGCACGGUGGAGGCGGCGGAGUCUUCAGGGCGCAUGUGAAAACACGGCGGAGAGCAAGAAUACCAAACAAAUGACUGUUAAUUGAGGUUGUGUGAUUGGGGGCUACAAGACUCGCAUGGGUUCCAGAUGGCAGCCUGUUAUUUCACCGUGGUCUGGUAAUGCAGCAGGACUGGAGCCUUGUAACCCGAGCGUCCCGCGAGCCUCCUCUGCUGCACCGAAGUCCUGAUGCUGCAGGUUUACUGCGAUCCACAGCCGUGUGUGUGUGUGUGCAGAGGAGGGGGUGGUGCCGAGCGCUAACAGCAUCGCUGUUUUUUGAAAGGAGCGAUGUUUCCUGCAAAUCCUCGACAGCCUUCGACAGCAGGAACAAACCUGAGUGUCCAGAUUCAGCCGCUGCGUCAUCCAGAGACAUGGACGAGAGCGCGAUUGUCUCACGCCGGACCAAAGUCUGGAUUCGAAGGCUGUCUGGUCUUAACUCCUCCGAGCAGCAGCAGCAGCAGCAGCAGCCAUGGAAGUGAAGGAACGUCGCCCCUACCGCUCACUCACCGCCCGGCAGGACUCGGAGCGCCGCUACACCAGCUCGUCGGCCGACAGCGAGGACGGCAAGCCCAACCCCAAAUCCUACAGCUCCACUGAAACGCUCAAGGCCUUCGACCACGACCAGAGGAUGGCGUACGGGAGCCGGGUCAAGGACGUGGUGCAUCACGAGGCGGACGAGUUCACCCGUCAAGGGGCGGACUUCUCCCUCAGAGACCUGGGCUUCGCCGAGGCGCUGCCUGCCCACAUAGCCACCUAUAGGACGGAGAUGGGAAUGCCUCACCGUGACUACUCGGUCAGCGUGGGCUCGGACGCCGACACAGAGACAGACGGCAUCACGUCGCCCGAGCACGCCGUCAGACUGUGGGGCCGCAGCAACACCAAGUCCGGCCGCAGCUCCUGCCUGUCCAGCCGGGCCAACUCUAACCUCACGCUGACGGAUACGGAGCACGAGAACACGGAGAACGACGGAGUCUUCCAGAACCACUCUCGUCUGCGAACACCGCCGCUGCCGCUCUCGCACUCUCACUCGCCCAACCAUCAGCACCAUGUGGCCUCCGUCAACUCCCUGAACCGGGGUGCCUACACGCCCCGCAGCAACCCCAGCCCCGCCCCCACCGACAGCUCCGCCCCUCCCGAGGGUCCGGCCGGCGCUCCAGACUCGGGCAGCGCGCAGGACAACUGGCUGCUGAACAGCAACAUCCCGCUGGAAACCAGGAGCCCCAACACGCUCAUGUUUGUCAGAGAGGAGCAGGACGCGUGCAGAGAGGGGCAGGGCUCCUUCAACACCAGAAACCUAGCAAAGCAGUCAUUCCUAGAGAGUUUUCAGGACAACCACAUCGAGAUGGACGUCCUGGCGUCAGGCCGCCACGCUGCCACAUACGCCGACGGACACUUCCUGUUCAAACCAGGCGGCACCUCUCCAAUGUACUGCACAACCUCACCGGGGUACCCCCUGACCUCCAGCACGGUGUACUCGCCGCCGCCGCGCCCUCUGCCGCGCAGCACCUUCUCCCGUCCCGCCUUCAGCCUGAAGAAGCCGUACAAGCACUGCAACUGGAAGUGCGCCGCCCUCAGUGCCAUCCUCGUCUCCGUCACGCUGCUAUUCCUGCUGGCGUACUUCAUCGCCAUGCACCUCUUGGGCCUGAACUGGCACCUGCAGCCGGCGCAGAGGCAACUCUACCAGCUGUCGGAGGACAACAGCAGCGGCCUGCUGCCGCCCCCCACCCACCUGAGCCUGACGCCGCUGGGGAACACGGGCCUGGAGGCGGCCGACCGCCGCGCCAAGGAGGACGGCAAACUGGACGGCUUGUUCCCGGACGACAGCUACAUCGACAUGGGCGAGAUCGACGUGGGCCGCAAGGUGGCGCAGCAGAUCCCCGCCGGGAUCUUCUGGAGGUCUCAGGUCUUCAUCGAUCACCCCAUGUACCUGAAGUUCAACGUGUCCCUCAGCAAAGAUGCCUUGGUGGGAAUCUACGGACGCCGUGGUCUGCCCCCCACGCACACGCAGUUUGAUUUCGUGGAGCUGCUGGACGGUCGGCGCCUCUUGAGUCAGGACGUCCGUGGUCUGGAGGGUCCGGCGGCGCUGCAGAGGAGCCUGGUUCCCAUCACCGCGCACGACACCGGCUUCAUCCAGUACUUGGACUCGGGCAUCUGGCACGUGGCCAUCUACAACGACGGAAAGGAAACGGAGACCGUGUCCUUCCUGACCACGGCGAUAGAGUCCGUCGACAACUGUCCCAGUAACUGCUUUGGCAACGGAGACUGCGUGGCAGGAACCUGCCGCUGCUUCCUGGGAUUCCUGGGCCCCGACUGCGGGCGGGCCGCCUGUCCGGUGCUGUGCAGUGGCAACGGUCAGUACCUGAAGGGGCGCUGCAUGUGCCACAGCGGCUGGAAGGGCUCGGAGUGCGACGUCCCCACCAGCCAGUGUGUGGACGUGACCUGCAGCAACCACGGCACCUGCAUCGUGGGGACCUGCAUCUGCAAUCCGGGCUACAAAGGCGACAACUGUGAAGAAGUGGACUGUCUGGACCCCACCUGCUCGGGUCGAGGCGUGUGCGUCCAGGGCGAGUGCCACUGCUUCGUGGGCUGGGGCGGCACCGGAUGCGAGAGCCCACGGGCCUCCUGCAUGGACCAGUGCUCGGGACACGGAGCCUUCCUGGCCGACUCCGGAACCUGCAGCUGCGACCCCAACUGGACCGGUCAUGACUGCUCUACAGAGAUUUGCGCAGCCGACUGUGGGGGCCACGGCGUUUGUGUGUCGGGCACCUGCCGCUGCGAGGACGGCUGGACGGGCCCCGGCUGCGACCAGAGGGCGUGUCACCCGCGCUGCACCGAGCACGGCACUUGCAAGGACGGCAAGUGUGAGUGCAGUCCCGGCUGGAACGGCGAGCACUGCACCAUAGCUCACUAUCUGGAUAAGGUAGUGAAAGAGGGCUGCCCCGGUCUGUGUAACGGCAACGGUCGCUGCACGCUGGGCAACAGUGGCUGGUACUGCGUGUGCCAGCUGGGCUGGAGGGGCGCCGGCUGCGACACCUCCAUGGAGACGGCCUGCGGGGACGUGAAGGACAACGACGGAGACGGCCUGGUGGACUGCAUGGACCCGGACUGCUGCCUCCAGUCCGCCUGCCACACCACGGCUCUGUGCGUGGGCUCGCCAGACCCACUGGACAUCAUCCAAGAGACGCAGGCGUCCUCCUCGCACGCCACCCUGCAGACCUUCUACGAGCGGGUCCGCUUCCUGGUGGGCCGCGAGAGCACCCACGUGGUCCGGGCGUCCAACCCCUUUGACGGCAGCCACGCCUGCGUCAUCCGGGGACAGGUGGUGACCUCGGACGGCACGCCUCUGGUGGGGGUCAACAUCAGCUUCAUCAACAACCCCGCCUUCGGCUACACCGUCACUCGGCAGGACGGAAGCUUUGACCUGCUGUCGAACGGCGGCAUCGCAGUGGCGCUGCACUUCGAACGCUCCCCGUUCAUCACGCAGGAGCACACGCUGUGGUUGCCGUGGGGACGCUUCUUCGUCAUGGACACCAUCGUCAUGCGGCACGAGGAGAACGACAUCGCCAGCUGUGACCUCAGCAGCUUCACCAGGCCCAGUCCGCUCGUGACGCCGGCGCCGCUCACCGCCUUCGCCGGAUCUUGCUCCGAGAGGGGGAGCGUGGUGCCCGAGAUCCAGGCCCUGCAGGAGGAGGUCCUGAUCCCGGGCAGCGACAUGAAGCUGGGCUACCUCAGCAGCAGAACCCCCGGCUACAAGUCCAUUCUGCGGGUGACCCUCACUCACGCCACCAUCCCGUUCAACCUGAUGAAGGUUCACCUCAUGGUGGCGGUAGAGGGCCGCCUCUUCAGGAAGUGGUUCCCUGCUGCCCCGAACCUUCUCUACGACUUUGUGUGGGACAAGACGGACGUCUACAGCCAGAAGGUCUACGGCCUGUCCGAGGCCUUUGUGUCGGUGGGCUUUGAGUACGAGUCGUGUCCCGACCUGAUCCUGUGGGAGAAGAGGACGGCCGUUCUCCAGGGCUACGAGACCAUGGCCUCCAAGCUGGGCGGCUGGACCGUCGACAAGCAUCACGCCCUCAACGUGCAGAGCGGAAUCCUCCACAAGGGCAACGGCGAGAACGUCUUCAUCUCGCAGCAGCCGCCGGUGAUCGGGAGCGUGAUGGGCAACGGCCGGCGCCGCAGCAUCUCCUGCCCGAGCUGCAACGGCCUGGCCGACGGCAACAAGCUGCUGGCGCCGGUGGCUCUGGCCUGCGGCUCGGACGGCAGCCUGUACGUGGGCGACUUCAACUACGUGAGGAGGAUCUUCACCACGGGCAACGUCACCAGCGUCCUGGAGCUCAGAAAUAAGGACUUCAGACACAGCAGCAGUCCGGCGCACAAGUACUACCUGGCCACCAGCCCGGUGAGCGGCGCCGUCUACCUGUCGGACACCAGCAGCAAGAAGGUCUUCAAGGUCAAGUCCUUGAACGUGGUGAAGGACGUGGCGAAGAACCUGGAGCUGGUGGCGGGAACAGGGGACCAGUGUCUGCCGUACGACGACGGCCGCUGCGGCGACGGCGGGAAAGCUGUGGACGCCACGCUCAACAACCCCAGAGGCAUCACGGUGGACAAGUACGGGGUGGUCUUCUUUGUGGACGGAACCAUGAUCCGCCGGAUCGACCAGAACGGAAUCAUCUCCACCCUCCUGGGCUUCAACGACCUGACCUCGGCGCGACCUCUCAGCUGCGACGCCAUCAUGGACAUCUCUCAGGUGCGCCUGGAGUGGCCCACGGACCUGGCCGUCAGUCCCAUGGACAACUCCCUCUUCGUCUUGGACAACAACGUGGUGCUGCAGAUCUCGGAGAACCACCAGGUCCGGAUCGUGGCGGGCCGGCCCAUGCACUGCCAGGUCCCGGGCAUCGACCACUUCCUGAUGAGCAAGGUCGCCGUCCACGCCACCCUGGAGUCCGCCAACAGUCUGGCCGUGUCCCACACCGGGGUGCUGUACAUUGCCGAGUCGGACGAGAAGAAGAUCAACCGGGUGCGGCAGGUGUCCACCAACGGCGAGAUCUCCCUGGUCGCCGGGGCGCCCAGCGGCUGCGACUGCAAGAACGACGCCAACUGCGACUGCUACUCUGGCGAUGACGGCUACGCUAAGGACGCUAAGCUCAAUGCGCCGUCCUCUCUGGCGGUGUGUCCGGACGGGGAACUCUUCGUGGCAGAUCUGGCCAACAUUCGCAUCCGCUUCGUGAAGAAGAACAAGCCGUACCUGAACCCCCUCAGCAUGUACGAGGUCUCCUCCCCCAUCGACGACGAGCUCUACCUCUUCGACUCCAAUGGCAGCCACAUCUUCACCCAGAGCCUGACCACCGGCGACCAUCUCUACAACCUCACCUACACCGGCGCCGGCGACCUGGCCAGCAUCGCCGACAAGAACAAGAAUGUGGUGACCAUCAGGCGGGACUCCACGGGGAUGCCUCUGUGGCUGAUGGCCCCUGACGGCCAGACCUUCUGGUUCACCAUGGGCACCAACAGCGCCCUGAAGACCGUGGCCGCCCAAGGUCAGGAGCUGGCGGUGAUGACCUACCACGGCAGCUCGGGACUGCUGGCCACCAAGACCGACGAGAACGGAUGGACCACCUUCUUUGAGUACGACAGCGUUGGCCGUCUGACCAACGUCACCUCCCCAACGGGCCGCGUCAGCAGCUACCGCAGCGACGGUGACAGCUCAGUCCGGGUCCAGGCGGAGGGCUCCAACAAGGAGGACAUCACAGUCACCACCAACCUGUCGGCCUCCGGAACCUUCUACACGCUCAUGCAGGAUCAAGUCCGCAACAGCUACUUCAUCGGCCUGGACGGCUCUCUGCGCCUGGUGCUGGCGAACGGCAUGGAGGUGUCGCUGCACACCGAGCCACACCUGCUCUCCGGCACCGUCAACCCCACGGUCAGCAGGAGGAACAUCACGCUGGCCAUCGACAACGGCCUGAACCUGGUGGAGUGGCGGCAGAGGAAGGAGCAGGCGCGAGGGCAGGUCACGGUGUACGGACGGCGGCUGCGGGUCCACAACCGGAACCUGCUCUCCCUGGACUUCGACCGCAUCACCAGGACGGAGAAGGUCUACGACGACCACCGGAAGUUCACGCUGAGGAUCCACUACGACCAGGCGGGCCGGCCCACCCUCUGGGCGCCCAGCAGCCGCCUGAACGGGGUCAACGUCACCUACUCGCCCGGCGGCCACGUGGCGGGGAUCCAGAGAGGAACCAUGUCGGUGCGCAUGGAGUACGACCAGAAGGGCCGGAUCACCUCGCAGACCUUCGCCGACGGCAAGUCCUGGAGCUACACCUACCUGGACAAGUCCAUGGUGCUGCUGCUCUCCAGCCAGCGACAGUACAUCUUCGAGUUCGACAGGAACGACAGGCUGUCGUCCGUCACCAUGCCCAACGUGGCGCGGCAGACCCUGGAGACGUCCCGCAGCAUCGGCUACUACCGCAACACCUACCGGCCGCCCGAGGGCAACGCCUCGGUGCUGCAGGACUACAGCGAGGAGGGCCAGCUGCUGCGGACCACCUACCUGGGCACCGGCCGCCGGGUCGUCUACAAGUACGGCAAGCUGUCCAAGAUGCUGGAGAUCCUGUACGACACCACGCGCGUGGGCUUCUCCUACGACGAGGCGGCCGGCAUGCUGAAGACGGUCAACCUGCAGAGCGAGGGCUUCGCCUGCACCAUCCGCUACCGGCAGAUGGGCCCGCUCAUCGACCGGCAGAUCUUCCGCUUCAGCGAGGAGGGCAUGGUCAACGCCAGGUUCGACUACGUCUACGACAACAGCUUCCGGGUCACCAGCAUGCAGGCGGUCAUCAACGAGACGCCGCUGCCCAUCGACCUGUACCGCUACGACGACGUCUCCGGGAAGACGGAGCAGUUCGGCAAGUUUGGCGUCAUCUACUACGACAUCAACCAGAUCAUCACCACAGCUGUCAUGACGCACACCAAGCACUUUGACGCCUACGGCCGCGUGAAGGAGGUGCAGUACGAGAUCUUCCGCUCCCUCACCUACUGGAUGAUGGUGCAGUACGACAACAUGGGCCGCGUGGUGGCCAAGGAGCUGAAGGUGGGGCCUUACGCCAACACCACGCGCUACACCUACGAGUACGACGCCGACAGCCAGCUGCAGGUGGUCUCCGUCAACGACAAGCCUCUGUGGCGCUACAGCUACGACCUGAACGGCAACCUGCACCUGCUGAGCCCGGGCAACAGCGCCCGCCUGACCCCGCUGCGCUACGACAUCCGCGACCGCAUCACUCGGCUGGGCGACGUCCAGUACCGCGUGGACGAGGACGGCUUCCUCCGGCAGCGGGGCAACGACUACUUUGAGUACGACUCGGCCGGGCUGCUGGUGAAGGUGUACAACAGGGCGAGCGGCUGGAACAUCCGCUACCGCUACGACGGCGUGGGCCGGCGGGUCUCCAGCAGGAGCAGCGUGGGCCACCACCUGCAGUUCUUCUACGCCGACCUGUCCAGUCCCACCCGGGUCACCCACAUGUACAACCACUCCAGCGCCGAGAUCACCUCGCUCUACUACGACCUGCAGGGCCAUCUGUUCGCCAUGGAGCUGAGCAGCGGCGAGGAGUUCUACGUGGCCUGCGACAACAUCGGGACUCCGCUGGCCGUCUUCAGCGGCUCGGGCCACAUGAUCAAGCAGGUGCUGCACACCGCCUUCGGCGAGGUCUACCUGGACACCAACCCCAGCUUCCAGCUCGUGGUGGGCUACCAGGGGGGUCUGUACGAGCCGCUCAGCAAGCUGGUCCACAUGGGCCGGCGAGACUACGACGUGCUGGCGGGCCGCUGGACCACGCCCGACCAGGAGGUCUGGCAGAGACUCCACAGACGCCACGUGGUUCCAUUCAACCUCUACAUGUUCAAGAGCAACAACCCGCUGAGCAACAGUGAGGAGAACAAGUGCUACAUGACCGAUGUCAACAGCUGGCUGCUCACCUUUGGCUUCCAGCUGCACAACGUCAUCCCCGGCUUCCGCAGACCCAGCACCGACGGCAUGGAGGCGUCGCCGCAGCUGCUGCGCACCCAGAUCAAGACGCAGGAGUGGGACAGCACCAAGUCCCUGCUGGGUGUCCAGUGCGCGGUCCAGCGGCAGCUCCGGGCCUUCGUCAAGCUGGAGCGCUUCGGCCAGGUCCACCACGGCAGGAGCGCAGGGUGUCCGGCGCCGGAGGCCACGACGACGUUCGCCUCCGCCGGCUCCAUCUUCGGCAAGGGCGUGAAGUUCGCCCUGCGAGAAGGCCGCGUCACCACUGACAUCAUCAGCCUGGCCAACGAGGACGGGCGGCGCAUGGCGGCGGUGCUGGACGGCGCCUUCUACCUGGAGCACAUGCACUACACCGUGGGCGGCGUGGACACGCACUACUUCGUCAAGCUGGGCUCGGUGGAGGCGGACCUGGCCCUCAUCGGCAUGACGGUGGGCCGGCGGACGCUGGAGACCGGCGUCAACGUGACGGUGUCGCAGGUCAAUGCCGUGCUGAACAGCAGGACUCGCCGCAUCACGGACAUCCAGCUGCAGUUCGGCGCGCUGCUGCUGAACACGCGCUACGGCAGCAGCGUGGAGGAGGAGAAGGCGCGGGUUCUGGAGCUGGCCCGGCAGAGGGCCGUGGCCCAGGCCUGGGCCCGGGAGCGGCAGAGACUGAGGGACGGCGAGGAGGGAUCUCGCCUUUGGACCGAGGGGGAGAAGCAGCAGCUGCUGGGCGCCGGCAGGGUCCAGGGCUACGACGGCUUCUACGCCGUGUCGGUGGAGCAGUACCCCGAGCUGGCAGACAGCGUCAACAACGUGCACUUCCUGAGGCAGAGCGAGAUGGGCCGCAGGUGACAUGGCGAGGUGGACCCCAGUGCCCCGGUGAGGAGUGACGGCGCCGCUGACUGACUGGGCUCCGCCCCUUUGUCCUGCCUUUCUCUGCGCCUCGGCCAAGGAGAUUCUUCUCUUCUCGUCUCGUUUUGAUACUUGAAACCCGGUGGACCGGAUCCCCGGCCCCACCCACCGACUCUGCAUGUCCACGGCCUCCUCCUGCCGCCGCGGGUCGGGGGGGCAGCGGCUGGCUUGCCGCCCAGCUCCCUGUAUCAGUAUAGCUAAUGUGAACUUUGAGAAAAAUGUGAAACGUGUCCCACUCAUCCUCAGUCGUCGUACCUGAACUUGAAAACGUCUCCGCCCGGGCGUUGGUUAGCUUGCCGCGCGACGCCAGGUUUGCCACCUGGGAAGACCAAACCACUUCCGCUCUCGUUCGUUAGCUUUGGGUUUCUCCGCGUGUCAAUCCCCUCACGCUCAUGGAGUGUCACGUGGUCUGUUGGUGGGCCGGAGGCGAGACCAGACCGCGUCAUCGCGGGUGCCGAGCGUCCAGGUGCUGGACGCGCUUCGCCUCCAGGUCAACUCCAGAUGACACGCUCACUCUUUGCCUCCAGGUGGCGCCAAACAACCAGGAGGUGAGCGCAGACUCGCCCUGAGGCCAGGCAGGACUGCUCCCCACUGAGUCUAGGAAGCGUGGCUAGCUCAGUGGCGCCACCUGUCUCCGGGUCCCAGCAUCACGAAAGCGUGUUUUUCUAAAGACCCAAGUGGCAUUUGUGUUGCCGACACUGUGUUUCGGCGCUUCUCUCGGCUGUGUACAUACGGAGACGGCGACGGCGCUGUACAUAGAAACGCCAGUGUAGAUACGUCCUAGCGCUGCAUCGGUGACGCUGUGUAGUCUGAAGGUAGGAGGAAAUAAAGGGACUAUUUUGUGUCUGUUUUGUGUGUUUCUGUGUGGGGUCCUGGAGGGCUUCGCUCUCAGGCAGCAGGGGCGCCGCCUGGGGAGGCGUCACGGGAUCCAGCUGGGCGCUGCUGCUGCAUGUUGCUGGAGGUUUGGUGAGACCUUCUGAAGCCGCUGCCCCCGCGACCCGUCCAUGGAUGAGCAGAUGAGGACGGGUGGUUGGAUGGUGGAGGGAUGGAGCCAUGUGUGAAAUAAUGUUUCACUUUUCCUCAUUGAGCUGAUAGUUGAAACAUUCCCCUCCGACUGUUGAAAUCAAAGAGUGUUUUAAUAUUUCCUGUGACUUCUUCUUCUACUUCUUGACUCAUGAGGAAAGACCUCCUCCUCUGAGUGCACCUUCAGCGUGUCACUUCCUGAGCCGACGGUCACGGUCCUCUGACGCCUCGACGGAGCCGUGCACACCAGGAGAGCUUACGCUGUGGAAUGGAACCGGUGCACUUCCUGCUCUCACCUCCGGGGCCCGUGGGAGCCACCUGGGGGGAGAACUGACCCCGCAACUUCCAGCUGCCUGCCACACAGGCAGUGGGCUCAAAUGUGCGAGGAGCGGUGGAGACACAGCGCCUCCUGGUGGCGGGGCCGGUGACUGGCGCCUCUCUCACCAGGGCAUCGGUUGCCAUGGAGACCGUGAUGUGUAUCGCAGCUCCAUUCAUGUCCACAUCAUGUUUGGACUGCCGCACCAGAACCCGAGGCCCAGGAGGAGCAUCCGGUUCUGAAGGACCAACGAGAGCAUCUGCAUGCAUCCACCACACUGCUGUCCACUCCUCUCUCUCCCUCCCUCCAUCUCUCCCUCCAUCUCUCUCCUCCUCUCUCUCCCUCUCUCUCUCCCUCCAUCUCUCUCCUCCUCUCCCUCCCUCUAUCUCUCCCUCUCUCCUCCUCCUCUCCUCUCCUCUCCUCUCCUCUCCUCCUCCUCUCCCUCCCUCCAUCUCUCUCCUCUCUCUCCCUCCCUCCCUCCAUCUCUCCCUCUCUCUCUCCUCCUCUCCCUUCCUCCAUUUCUCCCUCUCUCCUCCUCCUCUCCCUCCCUCCCUCCCUCCCUCCAUCUC